GCUUGUCGGUGGCGGUGCCGCGCUGGACGCGGCUGUGUUCGGUGGCGAAUAUGCGUUGUACGCGAGUGCGCGCGUGGUUGCGUCGGGGGGCGCUGUGCUGCGCGUGUCGGGGAGCCAGUUGUACGCCGCGCAUGGGUUGGUGUUCGACAGCGGGGUGGUGGCUAAUGCGUCCGCUGUCGUAGUGAACGACAACGCCGGUGCGCUGACCGAUGGCGCGCUGCUUGUGCUGCGGGGGUCGGCGUCGUUUGCGUCCGGGUCGUGGCUGUCGGUGCGCGGCAACAGCAUCAGCGGCAGGCUCCUUUCGGUGCCGUCGUACCCGCGCCGUGCGGAACUUGUGCGGAGCACGCUGACGCUCUACGGGAACGUCGGCAGCGGGCCUGUCGUGAUGGACGGCACCGUUGUGCUCGUGGGCGCCGGCCGAAAGUUCGUCGUGGGGUGUCUGACGCUCAACGGGCAGGCGCUGCGGCCUAUGGACUACAGGUCCGCCGGCAUCAUCGGGGAAUUCCUUCCCGUGGCGUGUGGCGUGUGCGACACCGACGUGCACUGCUUUGCUGCUGCGACGAGGGCGAUGUCGGGGUCGUGCGGCUGCCGCUGUGCUGAGGGCGGGUACGGGCGCGACUGCCUGCCGGUGUACCUGCCGCACGUGGACGGGUGCAACCGCACGCCCGUCAUGCCGCUGCUGAGUCACACGGCGACGCUGACGGAGACGCGCAGCCCGACGCCGACGUGGACGCCGAGCCUGAGCGCGACGCACUACAGUCCACCGCAGUACGGGCCGACGGAGACCCUGCAGGUGACGGAGACGGUGGCGCUGUCGCCCACGCGGACCCCGACGGCGUCGGUGAGCGGCACGCUGUGGUGGAGCGACGUGGCGUGCCCGACGCUCGCCGUGACGACGACGGCGGCUGGAGGAGGCCUGACGCAGAACGACAUCCGCGGCGGUGGGAGCGCCGUCCCGACGCUGCUGAUGGUGGCGCUGCCGCCGCCGUUUCGGUGGGCAAGCGACCCGCGGCUCGGCACGCACCUGAGCUUUGUGCCGGUGUCGACGGCGCAGCCGCGCGGGUUCGGCGGCCCGUGGGGAGCGAUGCUGCGCAACGCGACGUGGAUGCGCAACGCGACGAAUCCGUCCACCGUCCUGGAGCUGGCUGUGCCCGUGCACCGCGGUUACUUCACUGCUGGUGACGAGACGAUAGUCAUUCGGUGCGACGCUGUGGCGGUGUUCGGCGGCUGCAAGGGUGUGCUGCUUGGGUCCUUCACGAUCAGGUCCGACACGCUGCCCGUUGCUGCCAGCGCCCUCUCGGCAAUCACCGGCGUUGUUGCGGGUGCGGCGGCUGUUGCCGUGGUGGUGACCGGCGGGCUGGGCUCCAUUCUGGAGAUGCAGGCGUUCGGCGUGUUCGCAAGGAUGCCAUGCGCCUCUGUGCAGGAGCGUGCGAGCACCGUUGCGCUGCCGUACUUCCUCUCGGUGUUCGCUGUCCUUGACCCGCUGUGGAUGGUGGUGGGCAACGCGCUGCUCGCCGCUGUGUUCGGGUGCGUGCACUGCGGUGUGACGGCCGCCUUCCAGCGGUGGCGCGGCGUGGACGCUGCGAGUGCGUGGGCUGCGAUGCGCUUCCCGAGCCUGACGUGCGUCGUGGCGCACGCGAUGCACCUCGGUAUCUUCUUUGGCUCCGUGCUUGCACUGGCGAUGCCCGACGCUCCCGUGCAGCACCGCGUGGUCGGUGUCGUUGGUGUGCUGUACGGUGUGGCGUUCCCUGCUGGCGUGUGCUACUUGAUUGCUCGCCACGUGGGCGCGAGCUUCACGAAGUACUGGCAGUUUUCGAGGAAGCCGCUGCACGAGCGCCUGCUGUACCCCGUCGGGUAUUGGCACCCCGCGGCGCAGCAGCGGAUGUACGGCGGCAUGCUGACGAACAUGAGGGGCAGCCACGUGUACUGGUGCGUGUUCCAGCUGUCCGUGCUGUGUGUGGUGGGCCUGAUUGCUGCUGUGCACCCGCCCGUGGGAGGCUGCCACGUCCUGUACUUCUGCAUGGCUGCUGUGCUGCUUGCGGGUGCGGGCGUGGUUGCCUUCACGAACAUGAUGCGCUCGGCCUUCCUGACGGUGUUGCAGACGGCGAGCUUUGUGCUCCUUGCGGCGCUGUGCGUGGUCAGCGCGGCCAACCACCUUGCGCCGAGCGACGGCGGUGUGAGGGCGUACGUGGCUACGGUGCUGCUGCUGACGACCGUGCUGCUUGCGGUCACUGUGUACAGCGUUGUUUUUUGGUACGCGGAGGACCACCACUGGCAGGAGCUGCGCGAGCCGCGGCGUGGAGGGCUGGAGGCGCUGCUGCGCGAUGACGAGGAAAGCGACGAAGAGACGCAGAAGCCUCACGACAUGACGUCAUCGUCGUACGCCUCAGGCACCACCGUUGCGUCGUCGUACCAACCACCCGCACCGCCGUUGCAGCCCAUGGCCGGUGACACCCGCUCAGACGCGCUGAGCCUGCUGGACCGUGCAUCCAGUGCGAGCUGCAGCGUUAAUUAUGCCCCUCUGGACAGGUAA